AUGCAAGGGAAUCUGCUAGAGGAGAUUCACAAAGAAGGAGCACCUGAUAUGAAGGCCAAAGCUACCGACAUCCAACUGCAACCCCUAAGAGACAAUUUAGCUGGUGUCUUUACACCAGCCCCUAGUAGUGAUAGCUCUGAGGCGUUACAGGGGCCUGAACAUGCCACCACACCGGUAUCCAAGAUUGAGGGGAAUAAAAACAGAAAUGAUCUUAUCGUAGGGUCUAUUCCACCGAAUCAUGAGCCUGAUGAUUGUAUCAUUCUCAGCCAGGUUCCACUCAAAAAGAAAAUCAAGCCCUUCGAUUUUGUGGCUUUCGAGACUCAACAGCCGAACGAACAAAAUAUCACCAAAAUCCCCGAAAACAAAGUCGAAUCUAAGAUUGGAAAACUGUUCAAUGCGACCGUAACCCUUGAUUGUCCCUGUUCAGCGUAUUUCCAAGACCUAUCCGCUCUAUUUAAAACCAUUCCCCCAGAUGAUGAAAGAAUCGAGGAUUUAAAAUCUCUCCUGUGUAUUGGAUUUCUCAAUUUCAGAAUCCCGGAUAUUAGAGAGUAUAUCGUACCGAACUUGCCUCGGGAUGAUCCGGAUCUUGUUGUUAUGUAUAGUACCCUGGCUUUCUGCCUCUUGCGUGGGAAGAGCGGCGUUAGGAGUGUUUUAGGUAGUUAA